AAGUUCGAAACGAGCUUUCCAUCAUAGGGGAUCGAACAAUUAUAGUCAUGAUAAAAUUAUAUUUUUGAUCCCUCUGCAUAAAGAAAUUCUAGGUUUUACAUAUAAGGAUAAAUUGUUGGGCCCGAGGUAGUUCUUUUAGUUUAAGGGGCUGUAUAGGUAAAACCUAUUUUCAAAAUCCUACCCCUCAAAUGAAACGGGUCAAUCCCUGAAACGAGUACCCACCCGAUAUCUCCCAUGGGUUGCGGAGUAGUUUUCCUCUUCCUCGCCGCCGACUAGAAAUUCUUCGGUGACGCUAAUCCGGGGCCGUUUUCCUACCGAAACAUUCUACAACAGUGACUUUUCAUAACCCACAAAAUUUUUACCAUUGCCAUGGGCCUCUCCUCGAGACGAUUCCUCAAACUCCUCAAAGCACAAAAAGACCCUGACUCCGCGCUGGCCCUGUUCGACUCGCAGGUUCGCCACCCUUCUUUCUAUCCCUCGUCGGACGUGUUCCACCAUAUCCUUCGCCGACUUGUGCACGCGAAACUCGUUGCCCACAUUGGCCGAAUCGUUGAUCUCAUCAAAAUCCGGAAGUGCAAAUGCCCUGAAGAUGUGGCCUUGACGGUUAUGCAAGCUUAUGCUAAGAACUUGAUGCCUGAUAAUGCACUGGAUGUAUUCCAGAACAUGGGUGAAAUUUUUGGAUGUGAGCCUGGUAUAAGGUCGUACAAUACUCUGUUAAAUGCAUAUGUUGUGUCAAGACAGUGGGACCGGGCUGAGUCUUUAGUUGGGUAUUUUGAGACUGCAGGAAUUUUGCCAAAUUUACAAACUUAUAAUAUUCUGAUCAAAAUUUCGUGUAAAAGAAAGCAGUUUGAGAAGGCAAAAGCCUUGUUGGAUUGGUUGUGGAAAAAGGGUUUUAAGCCUGAUGUGUUUAGUUACAGUACUGUGAUUAACGAGUUAGGAAGAAGUGGGGAUUUAAUGGGUGCGUUGCUGGUGUUUGAUGAAAUGUUGUUCAGAGGGGUGGAGCCUGAUGUGGUCUGUUAUAAUGUUUUGAUUGAUGGUUUUCUUAGAAAAGGGGAUUAUGUGAAGGCAAAGGAGAUGUGGGAGAGGUUGUCAAUGGACUCUUUGGCUUGUCCGAAUGUUGUUACUUAUAAUAUAAUGAUUAAUGGUUUGUGUAAAUGUGGAAGAUUUGAUGAGUGUUUGGAGAUAUGGGAUAGGAUGCAGAAAAAUGAUAGACAGAAGGAUUUGUUUACUUACAGUAGUUUUAUUAAUGGAUUGUGUAAGGCUGGGAAUGUUGAUGGAGCUGAAAGGGUUUACAGAGAGAUGGUUGAGAAUGGGGUUUUAGCAGAUGCUGUCACUUAUAAUGCAAUGCUCAAUGGAUUUUGUACUGUAGGGAAGAUUAAAGAGUGUUUUGAAUUGUGGGAGCUGAUGGGGAAGAACGGUUGUCGUAAUGUUGUGAGUUAUAAUAUAUUUAUUAGAGGGCUAUUAGAAAAUGGUCAGGUAGAUGAAGCAAUUUUGAUCUGGGAGCUCUUGCCAGAGAAGGAUUGCAAAGCUGAUUCCACAACUUAUGGGGUUUUGAUUCGUGGAUUGUGUAAGAGCGGUUACUUGAAUAAGGCUUUACGGAUACUAACAGCGGCAGAAGAUGGAGGAGGUGAUUUGGAUACAUUUGCAUAUACCUCCAUGAUUGAUGGGUUCUGCAAAGAAGGGAGAUUAGAUGAAGCAGCCCAUUUAGUAAAUCAAAUGGAUAAGCGUGGCUGUAAAUUGAAUGUUCAUACUUGCAACACACUGAUGAAUGGAUUUAUUCAAGCUUCAAGGUUUGAGGAAGCAAUUCGUAUUUUUAGGGAAAUGGAACAUAAGGGAUUUUCUCCGACUAUUGUCUCAUAUAACACUCUCAUCAAUGGUUUAUGCAAGGUGGAAAGAUUUGGUGAAGCAUACACUUUUGUGAAAGAAAUGUUAGAGAAAGGGUGUAAACCAGACAUGGUCACUUAUAGCUGCUUGAUAAAUGGUCUUUGCCAAGGCAAGAAGAUUGACAUGGCUCUCAACUUGUGGGGCCAAGUUCUUGAAAAAGGUUUUAGACCUGAUGUAACUAUGUACAACAUUUUAAUUCACGGGCUUUGCUCUGCAGGAAAAAUUGAAGAUGCUUUGCAGCUUUAUUCAAAUAUGAAGAGGUGGAGCUGUAUUCCAAAUCUUGUGACCUAUAACACUCUCAUGGAGGGGCUCUAUGAAGUUAGAGAUUCUGAAAAGGCAUUGGGGAUUUGGGCUCAUAUUCUAGAAAAUGGGCUACACCCAGAUAUCAUAACUUAUAAUAUCACUUUCAAGGGGCUUUGUUCAUGCGGUAGAAUAUCAGAUGCUAUUAGGUUCUUGCAUGAUGCAUUGGACCGCAGAAUUCUUCCAACUGCCAUUACAUGGUACAUUCUUGUCAGAGCAGUGAUAGGUUAUGGGCCUUCUUCGUGAUGCUUGUUUAAAAGUCUUAGAUGUAUUUGGGUUUGACAUAACCAAAAAGAUGAAAGGCUGAAAUUAGCUUAUGAGAUGUCCGAUUAAAAUUCCUGGGUUCAGUUUGAGUCCAAUGUCCCCAGGAAAGUAGGAAUAAUCGAUAAGCAAAUGGAGCACUGGGGAUUGUAAUUGAGAUGUAAUAAUGGUAAAUCUUUCUGAAUCCUGCUUGCCAUCUGACAUGCAUAAUCCCAUUGGUUAUUACAAGUUGAAUUCUUGGCUCAGAGAUCUUUCGAUGUCAUUGUGUUCAGAGGAACUGAAGAAGCAAAGGCACUAAAAUUGCUCCGAGAACAGCAACUUUUCGCCAAUCGGGUGCAUUGAUGAAAGAGUCAGCAAUUCCUAGGACUAGCAGACCAAUUAAAGCAAGGCUCUUGAAGAAUAGCCCCUCAUUCCGAUCUUCCUCCAUUUUAACUUCGAAUUCUGCUAAUUUGUUAUCAUUCUCCAUAAUCUCCUGUCUGUUCAUUUCUGCAGAUUCUUCAAAAGCUUGCAUUUGGCUCUCUAUAUUCUCCAUUAUCUGCCGACCAGGAAAAGAAUACGAAAUGGGUUAUGUACAUUACUUCAUACUAUAUCAAGCAAAGACGCUUUUUCUAUGGCUAGUGCAUGGGAAUUCAAUAAAUUAUGUACUGACCCUGGCACUAGCUUCAUCCAGUUCUUUGAGGGCAUCCUCUCCAACUUUGUCAAACUCCGUAUUGGCUUCUUCUGCAAAUUGUGUUAGAUAACCUGAUCUCUCAUCCAAAUAAUCAGUCAGACGGACUUUUUGCGCUUGAAGCAUUGCAAUUCUUGCAAGCAACUCUUGUUUACGAGCAUCUCCUUCAGCUGUGGAAUCUUCAGAGUCAGAAUCUUUGGACUUGCAGUUGCAGAAAGACACAAAAGAAUGUUUUGUGGUGUUUGUGAUUCUUCUUGUGUAGAAAAUAUCAUGCUUAGUUGGAGGCAAGGAGGUUUGAAUAGUUUUUAGAGCUAUCAUCUUUUCCUUCUUUCCUGAAAAGAGAAAUGAUACUGUAUAGACGGUGGGAGCUUUUGAACCCCAAAUUCAGUUUUACAUUAUCCUGUUUUCAGGUAUAACAUAAACUUUUUCUUUUAUGUAAGGACUCAUUGAAAACAUGAGCCUGCCACGUGUCAA